AAUGAUCUGUAAUUCAUGUUUGUUGUUUUCCACUUCUAUCCUUGCAGGGAUUCUGAGCCUGUCAGAUUACUUGCCUUACAGUUCAUUGGAAGACUUUUAGUUGGUCUUCCAUCAGAGAAAAAAGGAUCCAAGUUUUUUAAUAUUUCUGUUGGAAAGUUCAAAUCUCUUCCUGAAGGACAUAAGAAAAUCAGAUUGCAUAUGCAACCAAUUUUCUCUGUAAUUUCAGACCGGCUGUUCAAAUUUCCUCAGACAGAUCUUCUGUGUGCAACAUUACUUGACGUUCUUCUUGGAGGUGCUAGUCCAAAACAGGUUUUACAGAAGCAUAACCAGUCUGAUAGUCAGAGAAGCAGCAAAUAUAACUCUCAGUUCUUUCUUCCUCAAAUUUUGUGUCUCAUUUUCAGAUUCUUGUCAGGUUGUAUGGAUGCAACUGCUAGAAUAAAGAUCAUUGGAGAUAUAAUUGAUCUCCUAGAAUCAAAUCCUUUAAAUAUUGAAGCUCUAAUGGAAAAUGGAUGGAAUACUUGGUUGGAAGCAUCUGUGAAACUUGAUGUGUUGAAAAAUUACAAUGAAAAGUCAAGAAUUCAGAAAGAGACUGAAAUUGAUGAGCAAAAUUUCAUAAGGAACUUGUACAGUCUUGUUCUUUGCCAUUAUGUGCAUUCAGUGAAAGGUGGCUGGCAACAAUUAGAGGAGACAGUAAAUUUCCUACUCACUCAAUGUGACCAAGGUGGCAUCUCGUAUCAGUCCUUUCUUCGUGAUAUAUAUGAGGACUUGAUUCAGAGACUAAUAGAAUUGUCUACUGAAGAAAACAUAUUUGUGUCACAGCCAUGUCGAGACAACAUGUUAUAUCUUCUGAAACUAGUUGAUGAAAUGCUCAUUUCUGAGAUUGAUCAUAAGCUUCCGGUAUAUUACUUAAAACUUCUGCCUGCUUCUUUGUUUAGCUUUAUGGUCCUUUUCUGGCUUCAAAUUCGAUAAGAACUUACCUUAUUUAUAUUUAUCACUGGAAUCAGUUAUAUGCCUUUUACCUAAUUUCUGAAUUCCUGUCAUUACCUUUUCAUACUUUCCUCACCCCAAAAUUUAAGUAUUCUGUAAGUUACUGAAUAUAGUGUUCAGCUCAAAUUGUAUUUUGAACUCCAAGGGAACACCAGGAAAUUUCCAUCCCAGACUCCUCCUUGAUGUUAUUAUCCCUUCGGAUUAGCGGUCAAGAUUACUUUGAGUUCAGGAUUGAUGGUCUUAUUUGGUUUUUUGGAAUAAAAUGAUAUUGACUAUCAAUCUCCCUACAUCUGUUAUAAAGAAAAUGAAGGAAAAAUUAAGUGACAAGAAGAAAGAUGAAUUCAAUAUCAUGAAAUACUGCUCUAGAUGAGACUGGUUAUUUUUCAGCAAGUCCAAAAAUUUUGCUCGUAUAAAAUAUUUAUAAAGGGACUUCUGGUUCCAUAUAUUAUCUCUAGCUGAUUAUUUAUCUCACUUGUGUUGGCUUGAAGUUACUGAGGUGCAACGUAUGUUGUCAGUUAGAUGGUCAAAGCUAGUUGGAAAUAAUUGGCUUAUAAUUGAUAGCAGUAUAAUCUUUUCUUCCUUUCCAAUAAAGAGCUUAUUUACUUAUUUAAUUUUGAUUAGAUUGACAAUUCAUUCUAAUUUUGACUGGCAUAUUUGUAUGUUUGAAACAGGUUUGCUAUGCUAUUAACUUUGAUUUUGGUUGACAUAGUAAAAUGCUCUGAUAUAUGUUGGUU